AUGAGAAAGUUUUUAUUAUACAACUCUAAAGUACCUUUGAACUAUCCAGUACAAUAUCAUAUUCUGACAGUUAGGUCUUUUCAUAACUCAAAGUGCAGUCUAGGUAAUAAGCUAGAUGGUCCAAAAUGGGGUAUUGAUAAAAAGGGGAUGUACCAACCUACUAUUCCAGAUCGUUACUAUAUUAUGGGAUCACAAAACAUCAAUUAUCCAUUAAAAACAUUGGAGUUACGUGCAAUGAAGCGACUAAUUGAAGAAAUAAUUAAUGAAAUUGUUAUUUCACUUAAAAGUAUUUGUAAUAAGCUAAUUCCUAUUUUGGAUUUUAUUCUAAAACACAAUCCUGAUGGUAGAUAUCAACUUAUCGCAAUCUUAUCCUUUGUAAUAUCACUUAAUCUGGCAAUAUACUAUGACAAUGAGUUAGAGACAAGAUUAUUUGCUGAUUUGAUACACUAUAGAUCCCUUUUACAUGCAAAAAUCUUAGAUUCCCAAGGGUUUUGGAGAACAAAGCAGGAAGACUUAGAUCAUAGAGUGGAAUUAUACAACAAAGACUACGAAAGAUUGACUAAGUUAUGGGAAUCUGCCAUUAUUAGAGCUAAAAGUACAGGUAAAUUUGAGACGCUUUGUAACUACCUACAAAUUAGUGAAGUUGAUGAAUUAAACAUUCCUGAAACACAUUUAGUUCGUCUAGAUAAUCUUCCAUAUGGUGAAAAUAACAAUGACACAUUUAUUCAAACAGCUCCUCAGAAUGAGAAAGCCAUCAAGUCAUUUUCACUCAAUUUCACGUAUAAUAAUCUUCUACAAAAUUGGGGGGACCAUAUAAAUAGAGUCGAUAAUAAAAGUAGUAUAUUACGACCAAAGAGAUUAUUCUUCUCUGAUAUAUACAUACCACCGACAAAGUAG